CCUAAAAAUGGAGUUCCUGAUGAGACAGGGGCUGGGCCGAGCUAUGCGAGGUAUCUGGGGCUUGGCUGCUCAGCCUGGCCCUCAGUCUCUGCAAGCGUGUGUCCUGAGCCCAAGAGUACUGCUUGUUGGAGCCCAGGAGUUGGGGAGUUGGUCCUCGGGCCCAGGAGGGACAGAGGGGAGGGACCGAAUCCACUUCUCUGCUCCCCACUUUUCUCAGUCAGUCCUCUGGAGUCUUCCGGCCGCUUUCCCGCACUCAGGUUUCCUGGGAAAGUGAAAAGAAACUUCUCCCAGAUGGAGAGAGUGCACCUGUUCAUCGUGGGGGUCUACCUGCUGUCCUCCUGCCGGGCAGAAGAGGGGCUCAACUUCCCCACGUAUGACGGCAAGGACCGCGUGGUCAGUCUCACGGAGAAGAACUUCAAGCAGAUUUUGAAGAAAUACGAUGUGCUCUGCCUCUACUACCAUGAGGCAGUGUCCUCAGACAAAGUCGCACAGAAACAGUUCCAACUGAAAGAAAUUGUGCUCGAGCUUGUGGCCCAGGUCCUGGAACAUAAAGAUAUAGGCUUUGUGACGGUGGAUGCCAAGAAAGAAGCCAAGCUUGCCAAGAAACUGGGUUUUGAUGAAGAAGGAAGCCUGUAUGUUCUUAAGGGUGAUCGUACGAUUGAGUUUGAUGGCGAGUUUGCUGCUGACGUCCUGGUGGAAUUUCUUCUGGAUCUAAUUGAAGACCCUGUGGAGAUCAUCAACAGCAAGCUGGAGGUCCAAGCCUUCGAACGCAUUGAGGACCAGAUCAAACUCAUUGGCUUUUUCAAGAGUGAGGACUCGGAGUAUUACAAGGCUUUCGAAGAGGCAGCUGAACACUUCCAACCUUAUAUCAAAUUUUUUGCUACCUUCGACAAAGGGGUUGCAAAGAAAUUGUCCUUGAAGAUGAAUGAGGUUGACUUCUAUGAGCCAUUUAUGGAUGAGCCCAUUGCCAUCCCUGACAAACCUUACACAGAAGAGGAGAUCGUGGAGUUUGUGAAGGAGCACCAAAGACCCACCCUACGUCGCCUGCGUCCAGAAGACAUGUUUGAAACAUGGGAAGAUGAUUUGAAUGGGAUCCACAUUGUGGCCUUUGCAGAGAGGAGUGACCCAGAUGGCUACGAGUUCCUGGAAAUCCUGAAACAGGUUGCUAGGGAUAAUACCGACAACCCUGACCUGAGCAUUGUGUGGAUCGACCCGGAUGACUUUCCUCUGCUCGUUGCCUAUUGGGAAAAGACUUUCAAGAUUGAUCUAUUCAAGCCACAGAUUGGGGUGGUGAAUGUGACAGAUGCUGACAGUGUCUGGAUGGAGAUCCCUGAUGACGAUGACCUGCCCACAGCCGAGGAGCUGGAGGACUGGAUCGAAGAUGUGCUUUCUGGAAAGAUAAACACUGAAGAUGAUGACAAUGAAGAUGGGGAUGAUGGCGGCGACGAUGAGGAUGAGGACGAUGAUGAUGGUGAUAAUUCUGAUGAGGAGUCUAAUGGUGACAGUGACGAUGAUGAUGAGUAGCUCUGACUCCAGCUGGUGGAUGAAAGCACAAUCAUAGCUGCCCACUGCCCUGCAGAUAGCCCCGGGGGGCGGCAAGCAGCCCUGGCCCCCUCCCACCAGCACCUUCCCCCUUUUCCUAUCCCUUUUCCCACCCCCUUAUUGGGAGCUGUACCGUUCCACAAAUGCCUCUAAACCCAGUAAUCCCACUCAGCAGGGACAGGUGGGGAAUUAUUCCCAUGUGGACUGUCUUGAUUGUCUUGGAAAAGCUCGUUCUUUGCUAGACCUUCCAUGGUCAUGGCAGUGCCAGAACCUGGCAGUCUGGGGACAACAAUCCCCUGACACCUUGACUCAAGUUUACUUGUUGUCUUUGAUGGGACAGUAACAGAAAUUGACAGCUGGAAAACUCAAAGCAUAGAGUGAUCUCACAGUCAGAGCCCAGGGAGACCCAAGAUUAAUCCAUUUAGCCCCUGUGCCUAGAACAUCAGUGACAAUCCCUCCUUAAGGCAAGAGGUUCCCUCCUAGGAGAGGCUCAGCCUUAGAAACAAGUUUCUAAAUCAGGUUCUCUUGGCUCUAUUAAACUGAUUAUGUCAAGUGUUUGUCACGCCAUUAUGAACUCAGAUCCAAGUGUUUGGACAGCUAUCGGGAGGCCUUGAAACACAUGUGUACAGAUGUCCCAAUCAUUUUUGGUAUGUUGGGAUAUGGGAUGGGAGGUUGAUUUGCUUUCUGAACUUCCCUUUAGUGACAAGUCUCACAUGAUAGGCAAGGGGGUGGGGGAACUGGAAGGAUGAAAUGUUUUCAGUUUUUCCUGCUGGGUUCAUGCCCCUGAUUGAGUCAGCUGGCUUCCUAGCCUGAGCUGGGAUCUGGAUACCCUUUUCUGUUGCUGUGAGUGAGCCCUCCCAUUGGGAGGGAAAGUUGGUUUAUCCAGAGGUCGAUCAAUGCUCCAUUUGUCAGCCCUCCCACACUUGAGCAGGACAAUAGCUAGAGUUCAUAAUGGUGCCCUGAGGCACUGAGAAAACCCCAAAGUGCCUUCCAAACUAUCUAGAGGUUACCUUGUGCUCGUAGUUUUAGCAUUAAGAGUGCAUUUAUCAUGUUCUAAUUUAUUUUCAAUCUCUUAACACAUGUGUAAGACACUGUGCAAAUUCUUUGGAAAUAGAGUAAUCCUUUUAUGGAACAGUAGCCAACUAACUGUCAUUAAACUUUGAAAAUAUUGAGACUAUCUUAAAAAUCCUCACUUCGUUUUUCUGAUCCUGUCAUUCUCUCUUGGUUCCUGUUCUACCUCUCUGUUCCUUCUUUGUUUUCCUUUCUGCCCCCUCUUCCCCUUCCUGCCCUUUAAAUGACAGUGUGUCACAGUAUCUCUCAACCCUAACAUUCUUCCAAGGUACUAUCAUCCAUGUCCAUCAGCUGCCACUUGUGUACGAUGACCUCCAAAUUUGGGUCUUUAACCUUGACCACUCUCUUAGUUUUAGACCCACCCAUUCAUCUUGGUUCGGAGGGUGCACAAGCAAUUCAAACAAUAGAGCGAAACCCCAAUUCACUACCUUCUGCCCUCAAUUCUCCUCCUCUAAAUGGUGUCCCAGAUUGGAAGAGUGAUAUCACCACGUAUCUACUUGUCUAGGCAACCAGAAGGGGCAUUUUACACAUACUCCCAGUCAUGGAAAUUGUCCUUUAAAUUAUAGUACAUAUUUACUUGUCUGUCCUUUUGUUAAAUUGUAGGCUUCUUAGAGGAAAGGAAUUAAUUUAUCUUUGUAUCUGCAGCAGCUAGCACUCUGUCCAGCACAAAGUGGAUGUUCAUUUAUUGAACUGAUGGGUGAAUAACUGAUUAACCAGAAUACCUAUAAUUCCCCAGCACUGUUGGAUAACAAUGGUUACAAGACCUCCUUAUUUUUAUUUCUCGCCCUCACAAAGUGAGGCAGACACGUGCCAAGCUGGACUAUGACGCCAUCUGGCCAGAUCCAAGCACACCUCUAAUAAGCUCUUGGGGAGGUACAUUUUCAAAGCAAUCAUUGAAGUUAAUCUUUCAACUAGCCAAGGAAUGUGGUCUGUCAUGAAAGUGGUCUAUUCUCCAACCCAGGAAAAUUCUCUUAUUCCUGGAGGCCUGAGUAAUAUGCAUUAAGUUAAUGUGUGGUAGUCCCGCGUUAGAAGACUGAGUGGUAAGCUAGUACUGUCUGUAAGUAGUAGUGCUGUUCAGUCAUUGGUCUAAGCCUUUUUAAACUGGUAUUUAUUGAAUGUUUGGUAUGUGCCUGAAGCACUAGGCUACGUGGUUUACAGGUAUUAUGUCAUUUAAUCCUUACAAAGUUCUUAUGAAGUCUUGUUAUUACCCCCCAUUUUACAGAUGAGGAAACUAAGAUGCAGAAGGCCCAAGAAAUUUUCCCAGGGUCACACAAUCACUUUAAAGGAGUA